AUGUUUAUUUUGAUACGAAUUCUAUGCCAAAUUUUAUUACUACCCUGUAUAACAUCAUCCACUAUGUUGAUAAAUGGAUUUGAUGAUUACAAUACUGCUGAUGAUGAUUAUAAUACUGCUAAUGAUGAUUACAGUACUGCUGAUAAUGAUUACAAUACUGCUGAUGAUGACGAUGAUGUUAUCAAUCUUCCAGUUAGUAAAUUUCCAGAACCAGAUUGUAAAUAUCGUGUACGACUUUAUAAUCGAAAUGGUCCGGAGUUGAAAAGGCAAGUUGGAAUUGGUGAACCAGUUUAUCAUCAUUGGACAUGUAACUAUAAACAACAACAAAAUGGUCUAUUUUGUAUUUUAGUAAAUAAUUGUACAAUUUCAAAUCCUCGACCUGAUUCUUCAGCAGUUCCAAUUAUUGAUGAAUUUGGAUGCUCCCUUUUUCCUAUUAUAAUGCCGCAUGUUGAAUAUGAUGGUGAUCUUGAAGGUGGCCUUCAAAUGAAUGUAUUCUUAGUGGACAUUGACCAGUCAUCUAUUACGUUUCACUGCGAUAUCAAGUUGCUGCUAAAGUUACAUGGUAUUUGUCAACGGCCUCUGUGUCCACCAAUUCGACGAUACUUUCUCCGAUCACAAAGAAGUUCAAUCACUUUUCAAACAACAUCAAAUGCGCCUUUUCAAUAA